GACUGCAAAAUAAACAAUAACACCUCUUGUGACGCAGGAGGAAAUAGCUUCGGACAAGUCUCCGCCACACAAGUGUACUAAUUUAGGAAAUCCCACGUUAAAGACGUUAAUAUGGGCACCAAAAUUGCCAUAGAGACUGCGGUACGCCGUACAUGUGAGCGCCACUGGCUGCAUGCUGUCUUUGUCCUGGUCUGCCUUAUAUUUCCACCAGUUAUAACAGCAUCUACGAAGUUCCGCACCGAUAAUCGCUGUGGACAGGGCUACCUUGCAGCAAACGGCAACCCAGCCGAAUGCCCAAUUGACAGUAACCCUUGCUGCUCUGAGUACCACUGGUGCGGCCACACAGCAGCCUUCUGUGACUGUCAGAAUUGUGUCGAUUACAGGAAACCAAGUAACAGGCUGACGUUAAAAACAAAUGCGGGUGUAAAUUCUGGGACUACCGAUUCAAUAACAGUGGGAAUCGUAUCUGACGUUUGUGUUGAUGUCUGUGCGACAACGACGGUAUCCGGACUUACAGCACCUGGAACCCAGUACAAUCGAGCCUUUAACGCCUCCGACUUUGGUGAUCCUACGCUGCUCCGACUUAACAUUUCAGGAACCGACACCCUCAACCUAGACUGGAUUGACGUCUACAAUGCUUAUACUGGGCGGUACCAUCGUUUUGCAUGUCUUGGCAAUUGCCCGUUAUCUACUGAUCGCAGUCGAGGAUUCAAAAACGUCGACUUGGGUGUUGAUUUGUGCCCAGCAGGUAGAUAUGGGUUUGCCUGCACCCACCUUUGUCACUGUGCAAACGGACCAGCUGCCUGUGACCAGAGCACUGGCGCCUGUACUGGGGGCUGUCUGGACCUAUGGACUGGGGACUCGUGUCAUAUCCGUAAAGAUACUGUCUCCUACGAAGAUCUCUUCACCAAGGAGGAAGGUCGCUUCUUCGGUAGUUCUGCUCACAACAUAGCGUCAUACAGCAACAUAGAUGUUGAAGAGUGUGCGCGCCGCUGUCUGCAAGGUUACGGCAGCUAUGAUGGCGUAACCCCGACAUGUCUGUCCUUCAACCAUCGCCCUGCCGGAUCGCCAGAGGGCGGCAGUGCACGGUGUUGGCUCAGUAGUUCUGACAAGGACACGGCGGCAUCUCCUGGUCCUGAGUGGGACAGUUGGCCUUACCGAAAUUACUACCAGAGGAAACACAUUGUGGCUCCCCAAGAUUGUACUGACCUGUUUGCCCUUGGGAUUCGGAUAAACAGUCAAGCUUACACAAUCGGCCACCCCCAACCUUUUAAAGCUUACUGUGACAUGUCGGACAUUGACGGCGGUGGGUGGACGGCCAUACAGUACAGAAAGGACGGGUCCGUGCCGUUUAACAGGACUUGGACUGACUACGAGCAGGGCUUCGGUAAUGCCAGUGGAGAAUACUGGCUGGGAUUGGGGAAGAUCCACAGUCUGACAACAAGGAAACGAAACGAACUGUUCGUUUAUUUGGAAGACUGGGAAAAGAACACCCGGUUUGCGAGGUACAGCACAUUUUCUGUAGGAGAUGCCAGCAGCAAGUACACGGCAGCGAUCCGUGGUUAUAGCGGGACUAGUACUGUAACUGAUAGUUUGGACCCGUUUAAUUCGGAGAGCAUUAGCAACAGACAAUUUUCCACAAUAGACCAAGAUAACGAUGGUAUCAACUUCGACUGUGCAGGAACAUACGGGCAAGGAGGCUGGUGGUACCCCCCACGUUGUGGUUAUGCCUUCCUGAACGGACAGUAUCUGACAGGCUGCUCGGUACCUGUUCCUGUGUGCCCUACAGCAGAAGGAAUUGUCUGGUCUACUUGGUUAGGUGACAGAUACUCCUUGAAGGAAACGGCUAUGAUGAUCAGACCUACUGAUUUUCCCGAAUCAACAUUCAGACCAUGUGAGAAUGGAGGAACUCUCAUGUCUGGACCGGAGGAAUCCGGACUGUACAUCUGCGCAUGUUUGGCGGAAUGGGACGGCGCGUUUUGUAAUCAACGUACAACAGAGCAGCCCUACCACAACAUGAGCUCCGCAGUGCCUACAACUGACCUACCCUACCACAACAUGAGUUCCACGGUGCCUACAACUGACCUACCCUACCACAACAUGAGUUCCACGGUGCCUACAACUGACCUACCCUACCACAACAUGAGUUCCACGGUGGCUACAACUGACCUACCCUACCACAACAUGAGUUCCACGGUGGCUACAACUGACCUUUUUAACCGUAUUAUGAGUUCAACAGUGGCUACAACCGACACCCUUAACCACAACAUGAGUUCCACACAAGUUACACUUGACCUAUCCAACAAAAACAUAAGUUUCAUUGACCCUGAUAUCUUUAAGAACCAAAGUAACCUCCACAACGUCAAUUUAAGCAACAACCAGAUUUCUAACCUUAACGGGAGCAUAUUUGCACCCUUAGUCAAUCUGGAAGUCCUCGAUCUCAGCAAUAACGUCAUAGCAAUUGUCACAGCAGAUGCUUUUAGCAACCUGCUCAACCUCAAGCAGAUAGAUCUUUCAAAAAACUCUCUCACAGAUCUGCCAGACAACACGUUUGUACACAAUACAAAUAUGGAAACCCUCCAUCUAGACGGAAAUAACAUAUCUUCCAUCAGGCAGGGGGUUUUCAAUGGCCUUAGCUCCCUUAGACAGCUCUUUCUGAAUAACUCUGGUUUGUCUGUCUUACAUUCGUCAAGUUUUGCACCUCUGAGAAGUGUCGAGGAGAUUUACCUGCAAGGUAAUGACAUUAGACACCUGCCUGUGAACACUUUCCAAGGGUUAAUGAGUUUGACCUUUGUAAAUUUACAAGGAGUCAUCUUCGGGUCAUUUAGGUGCGGUUGUAACGUGCUGAAGCCUCAGAUUUGCAUAGGAUCAAAUGUGCAAUCUGUUAGCUUUAACUUCUCCAUUUCUUGCAGUAAUGAUACACUUAACUGCAAUGCACAUACCGUAUCAGAGCAUUGCCAGCAGGAUCAAGGAGACAGUCACAUGUUAUUUGCCAUUCCUGCGGGCAUCAUUCUGGCGACGGCACUGUUAGUGCUGUAUCGGUACCGGACAUACAUACAGGCAGUGCUAUACACAAAAUGCCACUGGUGUCCUUGUUGGAGAGCGGACAACACUGGUAAAACUUACGAUGCUUUUAUCUCGUACAGUAUCGAAGAUAUAAAUCUUGUUGUACGUGAGCUGGCACCCGGAUUGGAAGAGCGAGGUUUUGAGCUUUGCCUGGACUACCGUGAUUUUCCUGCAGGGGCGUGCAUAGCAACCACUAUCUUAGAGUCGGUUGAGGCCAGUCGUCAUACCAUCAUCAUCCUCUCACAAAGUUUUGUGGACAGUGAAUGGUGCGCCCUGGCAUUUAAAGCAGCACAUCUACAAAUGUUAAAGGACAAGCAGCCUAGGAUUGUGGCUAUCGCCAUAUCAGAUGAAACACUGCAUAAGGUAGAUAAAGAUCUGCGAUUCUUUUUGAAUACAAAUGAAUGUCUGGUGUGGGGAGAAGCCCAGUUCUGGAGUAAGCUGACAUAUGCCUUAUCUAGGGGAAAGCAGAAUUGUAUUCAUAACCAUGGGGAUGGGGAAGAGGUGAUCAUUCCAGAUAUUCAAAUGGCCAGGCUAGUAUGAAACAUCUCAACUUAUAUAAUUAUGGAUUUUACACCACAAAGAAAACUGGUAAAUUAUAGAUAAUCACAGCAAAUGAUGUAGAAUGUUAUAGCCACACCAUUAGACAAGCGGAUAGUCAUACAUAUCUUCAAUAAUCAGACAUGUUACUGCUGAUUCACUGCUUCCUUGUAGGUUAGAAAUGUCUCACGCUAGCAUCUUUUUCCAUGUACAAAAAAUAUGCCACUAGUGCAAUGAAUAUCAAUGAUAGCCGUAUUA